AUGGAGUAGAAUUUUAAGAAUUUUAGAAUAAUAAAUAAAAUGUGUGGUGUCCAGAAGUGUAUGAUUUGACGAUUUGAGAAAAAAGAGCGAAAGACUUUCGAAGGUUACGCAUCGACUCUAACUAAACAAACACGUUUCAUUGCUUCGAAGUUCGUUUACUCAAUAUGUGAAGUUUCUAACAUUAUCCGAAAGUUUAGAUUACUAAUCUGGAGAAGCGUGAAGUAAUGUAUUUAAAAUGCGUUAGUUUAUUUAAAAGCUACAAUGGCAUCUUGGAUAAGGCCCUUGACGAUGGCAAGAAAAUGCGUGUGUACUGAUUUGCAAAUUUGGAAGCACAGUAAAUGGAGAGCAAUUGAUAAGCGCAGAUAAUAAUUAGUAAAACGCUACAUUCCACUCGUGUGCCAUAUAAUCAUACAUUAUAUUAAAAUAACCAAAGUUUAAAUAAACAAUAGUAUUAAAAUCCAGUGUAGGAUGGCUGAGGACUCCAGGCCCCUGUUGGGCGCCGGCGGAAUUUCCAGAUUUCGCUCGUUCCAUCAGAGAGUUCGCAAGAAGAACAACUGGAUACUUAGACCUUCAGCUUUAAGAAAAUGCGUUUUUGCCAUUAUAUUUUUUUCAGUCAUCCUGAUUAUUAUUUAUUCAAGACAAACUCGCUCACCUUAUUUAACCAAAUUUAUUCAAAGGUCCACGCGACCUGAGCCUAAUAUUCGUUGCGGCGUGAUGAAUGGUCCAAGAAUAGUACAGAACCACGAUCACAAAACCGAUGCAAGACUGCGUAGUUACCCUAAAGUUCUAGUUUUCGUAGAAACUAUUUAUUCGCAAUUAGGAAAAAGUAUCGCUGAGCUUCUGGUCCACACCAGAUUAAAGUACAAAAUAGAAGUCAGCGGUAAAAGCGUACCAGUGCUCACGAAUUUAGACAAAGGCCGGUAUGGCGUUAUUGUAUUUGAAAAUUUUAACAAGUACCUUCAAAUGGACAAUUGGAACCGGGAAUUACUCGACAAAUAUUGCCGCGAAUACUCGGUGGGCAUCAUCGGUUUCAUAACGCCCGAAGAGGAAACAUUCGUCGGCACGCAGUUAAAAGGCUUUCCAUUGUUCAUUCACACUAAUUUAAAAUUGAAAGAUGCAGCUUUAAACGCAGCUUCGCAAAUACUGCGGCUCACCCGGGCCGGUGAAACAGUUUGGGGAGAAUUGCCCGGUAACGAUUGGACAGUAUUUCAAGCUAAUCAUUCGACGUACGAACCGUUGGAAUGGGCAACCAGGAACGAUCACUUUCAACUGAACGACAGUGGUUCGAAAGUCCCUCUACCAACAGUCAUCCAGGAUCACGGGCUCUACGACAACAUCCAGCGGGUUAUAUUCGGUUCAGGUUUGAAAUUCUGGCUCCAUCGGCUUCUGUUCCUGGACAGUUUGAGUUUCCUCAGUCACGGCCAGCUCAGUUUGUCCCUCGACAGGAAAUUCUUGGUAGACAUCGAUGAUAUAUUCGUCGGCGAAGUGGGAACGAGAAUAAGACCGGAGGACGUCAGUGCUCUGAUCGAUACUCAAGAGAGAUUGGCUAAUAUGGUGCAGGGAUUCAAAUUUAAUCUAGGUUUUUCUGGAAAAUACUACCAUCAUGGGAACAACGAAGAGGAUAAAGGUGAUGAUACGAUACUCGAGAACAUCGAUAAAUUCAUGUGGUUUUCGCACAUGUGGAACCACCAACAGCCGCAUUUGUACGAUAAUUUGACCCUUUUAAUGGAAGACAUGAUGCUGAAUAAAAAUUUCGCUAAGGACAAAGGUAUACCAGUAGAUUCGGGGUAUUCCGUGUCCCCGCACCAUUCAGGAGUCUAUCCGGUCCACGAAAUCCUCUAUACGGCCUGGAAAAAAGCCUGGAACAUUCGAGUGACGUCCACGGAGGAGUAUCCGCAUUUAAGACCGGCCAGAUUACGCCGAGGGUUCAUACACAGAAAUAUAAUGGUGCUACCUAGGCAAACUUGCGGGUUGUUCACUCAUACGAUGUUCAUCGAUAGAUAUCCCGGUGGUCGGGAGAAAUUGGACGAAUCCAUACAAGGCGGGGAAUUAUUUCAAACUAUCGUUUAUAAUCCAAUCAACAUCUUCAUGACGCACAUGUCGAACUACGGAAAUGACAGGUUGGCCCUAUACACCUUCGAAUCGGUCAUUAAAUUUAUUCAAUGCUGGACGAAUAUUAGAUUAUUAUCAGCGCCUCCGCUCCAACUUGCCGAAAGUUAUUUUAAACUUUAUCCCGUCGAAGCUGAUCCAGUUUGGGGCAACCCUUGCGACGAUCCCCGACAUCAAAAGAUAUGGUCAAGGAACAAAUCGUGCGAUUCCCUUCCGAAAUUCUUAGUAAUAGGUCCCCAAAAAACUGGCACUACGGCCCUUUAUACGUUUCUAUCCCUCCAUCCGGCCAUUGCUAGUAACUUACCUAGUCCUACCACUUUCGAAGAAAUUCAAUUUUUCAACGCUCACAAUUACCUUAGGGGACUGGAUUGGUACAUGGAUUUCUUUCCUACGGACUCGAAUUCAUCGGCUAGGUAUUACUUCGAAAAGAGCGCUACUUACUUCGACGGCGAAUUAGUACCGAAAAGGGUGCACGCGCUACUUCCUCGCGCUAAAUUGAUAACCAUACUAAUUUCGCCCGCCAAGAGGGCGUAUUCUUGGUACCAGCACACUAAAGCCCAUGGUGAUAUUAUAGCGAACAAUUAUAGUUUUCAUCAAGUUAUUACCGCCAGCGAUACUGCUCCUAAGCCGCUUCGGGAUCUUAGAAAUAGAUGUUUGAAUCCUGGAAAAUACGCCCAACAUCUCGAAAGAUGGAUGACGUACUUCCCUUCUACCUAUAUCCAUAUCAUCGAUGGCGAGGAAUUGAAAAAUAGUCCUGUAGAAGUUAUGAAUGAGGUUCAAAAAUUUCUGAAAAUAAUGCCGUUUUUCAAUUACACCGAACAUCUAAGAUUCGACCCGAAGAAGGGCUUCUACUGCCAAGUGAUAACCGGCGAUCACACUAAAUGCUUGGGUCGCAGUAAAGGCAGGCAGUACCCUCCGAUGGAAGAGAAAUCCCUGAAAUAUUUACAACGGUACUACUUGAGUCACAACACGGCUUUGGUGAAAUUGUUCAAAAAGAACGGCAACAGAAAUAUUCCGAAUUGGCUCAAGGAGGAUUUGUCCGACAAACCCGACAUGGACAACUAAUAGUCUACAUCUAUUUUUUUAAACGAUAGUCAAUACUAAAUUAUUUUUUAUGGGCUAAUACUCGAGUUAUUAGAGCUCGGAGUGGCAGUAUUUAUACCUAAUUUUUCUAUAUUGUUUAAAAAAAUCUUUACUUACGAUCGUUAAACCAUUAUUGAGAGCAAGUUUAUGUGCAAAUAUUGGGAUUUACGUACAUUUCUAGUGGUUUGGAUUUUAGUUUUGGGUUUUAAAUAUUACAGGGUGUCCCGAUGAAAAGGUCCCAUUAAAUCCUUAAUUAUAAAAACAUGCGGUUUUCGCAGAUAUGUUUUAUUUUGUUACAAUGACACAGAAAUUUUAUAUUACCAAUAGAGCGUCUAAUCAAAAUGCUCUUUAACCACCCCAUAUUUAGAGGUAUUCUGAAUGAUAUACUCUUCUACUUUUCAAAAAUGUUUUAUUUGUACAUGGUAUUCUACAAAAAAGGUGUUCCCGAUUUAAUAUUGUAAGCUGAUUAAAUGGGUUACUUUUCGUUGGGACAACCUGCAUAUUAAUUGUGUUUAAUGUAAAUAAUUAACUCUCUUAACUAAAAUUUGGACUUUUUUGUUCCAAAUUCCAAACUGAAAUUAUCUUUAAAUCCAAAUCAUUAGUGUUUAUUUUCCAAUUGCUCAUUUUACAGCUUUAAUUUGCAAACGAUGUUUACUUUAAUUGCAUUGCAAACAUAGCUGUUUCUUGACGGUUUUCCAUUAUACGGACAGUAGAGUUUGGGUUUUAUUUUAGUUUUCUGGAACCUCGAGAACAAAAAUAAAACUGAUAAAACUGAAACAAACUUAAAACUCCUAUUUCCACAUUGUUGCUUUGGUCUUUUCCGCAGGUUGUGGAGUCUUCGAAAAGUUUGCGAAAAAUUUCAGUUUUGUUUUCUUCGACACGAGUUUAGGUUUUGUUUCUGUUUUGUCCGCUUAAUGGAAAACCGUCAUAAAACUCAUUUUAGUGAAGUCUAUUUAGAAAUACGAAGCAAUUAUUGCGAGACGACCUGUGUAUUUCUAUUUAGACUUUUUUUCGAUUAACUCCUUUAGUACAAGAUAGAUAUUUAUAAACGAUUUUGUACAUAUUUCCUGUAUAUUGAUUAGAUUUUAUUUUUGUACUUAAUUAGUUCGUUUCGCUCUCCGUUUUUCGAUGAUUUGAGGAUUGUGAUUUGUGGAGUAAUAUCGGGGGUUUCAACGUGUCACAUCAUUGUUUCAUGAGUUGAAAAUUUUAAAAAGAUAAAAAAUUUCCAUGGCAAAUAAGUCGUAAUGGUGACAUAUCAACUCGUAGUGGCAAUAUUAUACUUUUUGUAAGAGUUAGAAAACUAUUUUGGGAAAAAUAUUUUUGAUUACCUGCAUAAUAUGACAAAAAUUAAAUAAAAUUGUAAUUGAUUAAGGUUAAAACGAAAUGUAGGUACAAUAAUAUUCUCACGUUAAAACAAUCAUAUUAAAUUCAUAUUAAUUUGAAAUGUAUUUUAGAAUCUCGUUCAAGUCGCUUUAUGUUUAUUCCUGUUUAAUUCGAAGUACAUUUCAAUGUAUAAACAAAGCUCUACAACUAAUUAUUAAUUAAUCAUAAAAAUCGAUGUGCAAUAGUAAUUUUCAUUACGUCCAGUGAUAGAGCUUGAAAUGAGUAAAUUCACAACAUCUUGUGCGUAUUGUAGAAGUAGUUCGGUGUUUCAUUCACAUAUGCAUAUAAAAAUUCCCUAUGUACCUUUUUUAUUCAGAAAAUAUUUAAAAAAUCUGGACACCUAAUAACACUGGUUUACAAGGUUCCAUGCAAAAAACUGUCCAAAGCCAUUUACAAUAGUCUAGACCCAUUUAGAAGGCUCCAGAAACAUUUAGAGCCCUUCAAAAUCAUUUAGAAUUGCACUAAAAUAACUGUAAAAUUUGUAAACUAGUGUAAUUAUUGUAGUGUAGGAAAUUUAAAUAAAUAAUUACCCAUUUAAGUACCAUUUUGAACAAAAAAUAUUUUCUGAAUAAUUAAAACAGUUACAUUGUUUAUUCGAUGUUUACUUCCGUAAAAUUUUCAAUAAUAAUAAUAAUAACAUAUCUAUAUGAUUGAAUGUUGCAAGUUACGCGAAUUUUAACUUGAAGAUUUUGUGUUAUUUAGUGCCAUAAAUUGUAUUUACCACGUACAGUAAUUUCGACAUUACAGAUCAAUGUAUAAUUUUCAAGUUAAAAUUCGAAUCAUAAAAUAUAAAUAAGAGUACGUAAAUAAUUGAGUGUGCCAUUAAUGUAAAACGUGUUUCCUGAACGCCAGAGAUUGUUUAGUUACAGUUACGGUUACUCUGCGUUACAGUUCCGUAGAAAUUACAAUUUAGAAUGACGCUUUCAAUGAUGGAAUUGUUAUUUGGGUUGCGUAAUUGUAUAAACUUCGAAGUUUCAAUUACAUUCAAAUGUUUGUAGUUUGAUUUCAAAUUAUUGUAAUUGUAAAUUCGAAUGUUAUGUUACCAGCUUCAAAAGACACUUUCACCAAAUAAUAGAAAAAUAAAAUCCACCUGAUUGACGGUGUUAUUAUGUUUUUGUUCAUUAUUCGAAUACAUUAUUCGUUUUUAUGGAAUUUAUGAAUGAUCUUUAUGCAAUGAGUAUGUUAUAUUUAUUAUCAUAUUUAAAAUAUUCUUUCUUUGUAAAUA